GAUUAGCAAUUCGAUUUGUCACGUUAAAACUCUUCGCUUAAACAAUGUUUCUCCGACACGUAAACGGCCGACUAUCCAAUGCAGUAUCUCCCAAAACCACAGAAAAACUUGUUGCCUGGUUAAGUUCAUCAACUUCAGCCUCCAUACCCAAGAAAACAACCCAGUUGAGAAAGAUGCUGGAAUCACCAGAACUAGAAUUUAUCAUGGAGGCACACAAUGGAUUGAGUGCUAAAAUUGUACAAGAGGCUGGAUUUAAAGGUGUCUGGGGUAGUGGUUUGUCAAUCUCUGCCCAGUUAGGAGUGCGUGAUAGUAAUGAAGCAUCAUGGACACAGGUCAUGGAAGUAAUGGAAUUCAUGAGUGAUGCCACAGACAUCCCAAUAUUACUAGAUGCUGAUACUGGAUAUGGUAACUUCAAUAAUGCUCGACGGUUGGUGACAAAACUGGAACAGAGAGGUAUUGCUGGAGCAUGUAUUGAGGACAAGCUUUUCCCAAAGACAAACUCUUUAUUAGAUGGCAGAGCACAGCCACUGGCUGAUAUCAAUGAGUUUUGUGCAAAGAUCAAAGCUUGCAAAGAUACACAGACAGACCCAGAUUUUAGUAUUGUUGCAAGAGUUGAAGCUUUUAUUGCUGGGUGGGGCUUGGAUGAAGCUCUUAGAAGAUCAGAAGCAUACCGUAAUGCUGGGGCUGAUGCCAUCUUGAUGCACAGCAAGAAAUCUGAUCCUUCAGACAUUGAGGCUUUCAUGAAAGCUUGGAAAAACCAGGGUCCAGUUGUGAUUGUACCAACAAAGUAUUACACCGUGCCGACAGACCAGUUCAGGGACUGGGGUGUGUCUCUUGUGAUCUGGGCCAAUCAUAAUUUGAGGGCAUCAAUAACAGCAAUGCAGAACACCACACAACAAAUCUACAAAGACCAGUCAUUAGUUAAUGUUGAAAACAAGAUUGCAGCAGUAAAGGAGGUUUUCCGUCUUCAAAAAGAUGAUGAAUUGAAGGAAGCUGAGAAGAAAUAUCUGCCUGAGAAAUAAAAGAAAAUAAAUCCUGCAAAGAGAAAUAGAUUGUAGCAAUUGUGGCCCAUGAGUUUCGAAUUGCACAGCCAGAUAUGUCAAAAUUCUACUUCAUUGCUCUUCUCAUGAGACUUCCAGAGAGUUUGCAUUUGGUUUAUGGGCUGCAAGGAAGCUUCCAGUCCCCCAACCCCCUCCCCCUUCCCCUGGAAAAACUUGUAUGAAGGCUGGUAGGCUCAAUAGCCAGCUGCCUUAGUUUCUGGUCUGCACUGCAGGCAUUGUUUAACCUUGACACAAAAUAUGUUCUUGAUGGGGUAUGGAGCAUGUCACAUCAUGAAGCCAGACAAGGCCUUUUUUUUUUUUGCUAUUAAUGAAAUCAUUAGCAGAUGAAAAAUUUAUGUCUAGAACCCAAAGCAAUGUACUCACUGUGUAAUAUAUUCCCAUGGCAUGAUAACAAUUAUGAAAACCUGGAAUAGGAUUUUAAUAUAUCUUAAUGUGCUUAGAAACUAGCUGUUAUGAAUUCCUAGAAUGCUGUAAUAAAGGGAUGAUUGAUAUGGA